AUGGACGACCCUGUGGCAAAUCGAAACCCGCCUGACAAGGAUGAUGCCGUGGCCAUGGUAGGCGAGGUGCGACAUGCCAUCGAUCCUAUCGUCGAAGCAAGAGCCAUCAGGAAGAUUGACUGGUUUCUGAUCCCGGCAAUGAUAUGCGGAUAUGGCCUCGUCUACUACGACAAAGCUAUUCUCGGUUCAGCUGCCCUCUUCGGCAUGACCACAGAUCUCAAACUAAGUGUCGUUGACAACUCAACCGUGCCUCCUACUGUCGACACGAGACGCCUCAGCUGGGCCACCUCGCUCUUCUACUUUGGUAUGCUGGGAGGCCUGUAUCCCAUGACAUUUGCUCUCCAGCGCUUCGACAUGGGCAGAAUCCUCGGCGUUGUCGUCAUUCUUUGGUCGGCCAUCUGCAUGCUCACCGCGGCAGUAACAUCCUGGCAAGGCCUUUUUGUGCAGCGCUUCUUCCUAGGCUUCGUGGAGAGCAUCAUCCCGACGGGCUUCAUGUGCAUCGUUUCGGGAUACUACACUCAGUCCGAACAGUCGCUACGACAAAGCUGGUGGUUCAGCAGCACUGGGUUGUUUACCAUCAUUGGCGGAGCGCUCAACUACGGCUUUGCUCAGAUCACUGGCGGGGGACUGAAGAGAUGGCAGUACAUAUACCUGUUUGGCGGCGCACUCACAUUCAUCUUUGGCCUCUUUUGCUUUGCGCUGCCGAACUCGCCGGUAUCGGCUUGGUUCCUGACUGCCGAAGAACGGUUCGCAGCCGUGGAGAGGCUCCGUUACGGACAAACUGGAGUGCGAUGCACGAAAUUCAAGUCAUCUCAGCUUAAGGAGGCCUUGUUGGAUGUCAAAGUCUGGCUGAUCUUUGUCAUGAUGGCAUCUGCAUACACGGUCAACGGGGCAGUGAGCGGCUUUGGACCCCUGAUCGUAUCGACAUUCGGCUGGAACACUCUCCAGUCGAUCCUUUUCCAGUUUCCUCUGGGUGGGUUAUGUUUCAUCGUCAUUCUAGCGACGGGCUACAUUGGUUCCAAAGUCAAGAAUGUCCGCAUUUUCAUGCUCAUCUUUACCUGCUUGCCUGUUAUCGCUGGCUGUGCCAUCAUCUGGAAAAGCACCUGGAGUCACCACGCUGCCGCUCCCAUUGUAGGAUACUCCAUUACGGGUUUCUUUGGCGGCACGGUCAGUCUCAUCAUCACUAUUGGAAUGGCCAACGUGGCGGGCCAUACGAAGAAGAGCUUCAUGGCCGCGACAAUCUUUGUUGCAUACUGUGUUGGAAACAUUGUUGGUCCGCAGUUGAUAUGGUCGCAAACCAAGAGCCGACACUAUCCUGCCUUAUGGCUUGGUUUGAUAAUAUGUUACAUCAUUUGCAUCCUCGCAUCGACCACAUUGUACUUUGUGCUGCGAGCUGAGAACAAGAAAAAGAUGGCCUUGCCUGAAGAUGAAGCUGAGCGAGCAAAGCUUGCUUUCCAGGACCUCACGGACAAGGAGAAUCCGUACUUCCGCUACGUUUACUAA